AUGCUCUUCAUUCUACAGGCACCCUUCUCCUCAAACAUCAGCAAACCCUCUAGACACAAGAGCCACCCACACCAGCUGGAAGAACAGCAAAGCAGCUGGGCCCAGCCCCCAGCUCUGGUGGAAUCCCACUGCGCUGGUGCGGACCCCAGCAGCAGGCCAGCAGCAUCCUCCCUGAGGACAGCACUCUAUGGCAACAUCAGCAGACUUACAGGCACAAAUGCCACCCACACCAACUGGAAGUGCAGCAGCCCCUAUAGGCACAAGCACCACCUAUACCAGUUGGAAGAAGAGAUGACAUCAGCCCGAUUUCUGCCCGUUUCGUAUUCGGGACGAGACCCACCAGGUCGGCUCCACAGCAGGCCAGGCUCCGCUCCGGACCCGCGUGCCCUUCCCGGUGACCUGCAGCCUCUGAGCUCCCAGCUCCCCAUGGCGGCGGCGACGCUGAGCCUGGAGCCCGCGGGCCGCAGCUGCUGGGACGAGCCGCUGGGCAUCACCGCGCGCGGCCUGGCCCCCGAGCAGCCCGUCACGCUGCGCGCCGCCCUGCGCGACGAGAAAGGCGCGCUCUUCCGCGCCCACGCGCGCUACCGCGCCGACGCCCACGGCCGGCUGGACCUGGCGCGCGCGCCCGCGCUGGGCGGCAGCUUCGCGGGGCUCGAGCCCAUGGGGCUGCUCUGGGCCCUGGAGCCCGAACGGCCUUUCUGGCGCCUGGUCAAGCGCGACGUGCGGACGCCCUUCGUGGUGGAGCUGGAGCUGCUGGACGGCCACGAGCCCGACGGCGGGCGGCUGCUGGCGCGGGCGGUGCACGAGCGGCACUUCAUGGCUCCCGGGGUGCGGCGCGUGCCCGUGCGCGAGGGCCGUGUGCGCGCCACGCUCUUCCUGCCCCCAGGCAAGGGGAGAUUCCCUGGGGUCAUCGACUUGUUUGGAAGUGGCGGUGGCCUGUGUGAAUACAGGGCCAGCCUCCUGUCUGGGCACGGUUUUGCUGUACUCGCUCUGGCUUACUUCAGAUUUGAAGACCUCCCUGAGAGUUUGAGUGAUGUGCGCCUGGAGUACUUUGAAGAAGCCUUGGCCUUUAUGCUGCAGCACCCAAAGGUGGGUUCCAGUGCUGUCCUGAAUACAAAGGAGGGCAUGGAGUGGACUCAGGGCCAGAGCCAAAAGCCCUGCCAUGACACUGGGCAUUAG